AUGGCCCGUUCCCAAUGCAGGCGUGAAUUACAAAAGGGAGCUGGAUUUCUCUGUGACUAUCGUCCGGUGAACAAGCUGAGCCCAGUUCGUGCGGUUUCAGAUUUGAUACGAGAUAUUGUCAGUGUCCGUUUGAUUUCUCCAACAGAGAAACAGAAGGUUUACCAAGGAGUGAGGGUCAAGAUCACUGUUAAAGAGCUUUUGCAGCAAAGGAGAGCUCUUCAAGCAGCAUCAGCAACAACUAACACCACAAUGCUUACCACAAGCAACAGUCCUCAGUUCGCGGAGCCAGUCUCCUCCUCGUACCCAGCUUCUCACAAUGUCUACCCACUGCCUAGUGAAUAUGAAUCGAGCUUCAAUGAGUGCGACCAGUUUCCAGAAAAUGUUCCAUAUGACCACAACCCGAUCUUCUAUGAAAACACGGAGGUGUAUGAAAGGUGUCUUUCUGAUCUCUUGACUGAAAACUCAUUCACCUCGGAAGCUCCUAUCUCACACUGCCCCCCAGUCAGGCACCAGGCACCUAGCCACUGCAGUCAUUCAGCUGUGAACUCAGGAUCACUGGCUUAUUCUUCGGUGGAUUUUGGGUAUUCUACCCAAUGUGUCCCAUCAUCUCCAGAAGACAUCAGUCCAUCUUCACACUUGGAUCCUAAGUCCUUUUAUUCAACUCCUGAAGAGUACUAUCCUCACCAGCACUACAGUUGCACAUCAGCAAUUUGCUCCAUUUUCUCUUACAUGCCAGACAACAUAGAAAUGGGCCCAAUAUCGGAAAAUGCGUCCUGUACAAUGCCAGAAUAUAAUAACUAUUUACCUGGAAUUCUCACAGAAGAUAUCUGGAGAGGAAACUUUAAUGAAUGCUUUGACUACUGAUAUUAUAAUCAAUAGUGGUAUUGGGAAAUCUUGUACUUCUUAAACUGUUCCGUAGAAGUUACCUGUAAAUACUUGAGAUUGAAUUUGAACAAAAUUAGUGCCACUCAACAAUACUGUUAAACUGAAUGCAAAAGACUUUCAGAUCCAAAGCAGUAAAAUCUCUGUCUUUUAAUCAAUUUACUUUGUCAAAUUUUUCUCUUUUUUUCCUGAUUGCAUUGAGCUGGGAGAUAACACCGUGUGUGCUGUCCAUUCUCAGGUACAAUGAUUGAGUAAAUAUUAUAAGGUGCAAACACAUAUAGUGAUUGUUGUUCAAUCACAGUUGUAUCUCAUGUUGAUACCCAUAUGUGCAUUCUCGAAAAGUCACUCAAAUUAUUAAGGAACAUUUUGUGUGAUUGUUUCCAUCUCUAAUUCAGGAGUACCAAGCCAAAAUGUAGUACUGAUUCUAUGUUACAGGUUGAGAUUAGAAUGGCCUCAGAUAAAACCUGGAAUCUUCCUUGUCUGUACACCCCAGCAACACUCUGAAUAACCACAUUGACUCCUACAGGCUAAGCUUAUUUCAGAAGGAUUAGAUGUAGUAUUUUUGAUCAAUGCCAAUUUGUCUUUCACUGUUGUGGUUAAAUGGAUGUAUUCACUGAACUAUUGUAAAGUUUGCUUUCAUUUUUGUGGGAAACAUUGUUUGUUUGCUUAACUUUGUAGUAUUUUUCCUCAUUUUUGGUUGAGAAUGACACUACACCCUUCCAAAACAAACAUGAACGCCGUGACACAAAAUUCUUCCCAUGUUAUCCGAACAAAACAUACACCCAGCAAUCCGAGAAUUUGACACCUACAUGGUGCAAGAUUAAGCUUUGUAUUUCUACAUUUUGUUUUCAUAAGAUCACAUUAUAAAUAUGAGCAGAUUUUAAAAAAAAAUCACAGUCCUUUGUUCAUUCGCAUAAAAUAACCUGCACUUCCCUCAAUGCAGCGUCCAAACAUCUCUUGAAUAAAUCCAUGGUAUUCCUCUUCUACAGAGGUACGCUUCACAGACUGCUUAUUUGUUGUGUGAAGAGCCUUCAGAUGUUAGCCCUAAAUGUGCACUUUGCCUGUUUGAACCUGUAUGUCCUUGGCUUAUUGUUAUUACUUACCUUGAGCAGUAUUGACUAGCCUAAAAUAUGGCAACACUGUUUUAGCGACACACGCUAAUAGUCAAGUAUUAGUAUUUUUACACACAUUGUAACUAAGUAUACCUGAUAUCUCUAUUAUCUUAGCAAACAUUAUUGUGAAAUUUUGCAACCUUCCUCUUUCAACAUAGUUUGGAAAUCUUACACAAAUUUAACAGAUAUAACAUACCUUUAUAAAGCUCCUGAAUUUUUAGUCAGCAGUUGUGAGUAACACCUUGAUUUUCUCAGAGUGACAGUGACUGAUAUUGAUUCACAAGAUGAGACCUGAGCCUGCUUUUCACCAAGAACAUGGAUUCUCGGACUGUUACUAGUGCUAUUUACCUUUUGCCAAGAAGUAUCUUGUUGGAGCUGGUUACUGAUGGAUCUGCUUUGUUCUGCUGGCCCAAAGCUGUUUUAUUGACUGGUCAAGGUGACCAUGAUGACAGCUCUUCUUGCUAUUCCACAAUCUAAACUUUUCAUUCAUGAUACAUCAUUUUAACUAACAAUACAGAGCCAGGGGGUAAAGGGCACAACGUGGCCAAAACAAAACUUGUGACCACUCUGCACUUCUUUUUACUCCUUUAUCAAUAAAUGCACAAAAAGGUUAACACAUUUUUGUUAAGUAUCUAUUAUUCAUUUAUUAGUUACCAAUCAAAAUGCAAUCAAACACGUAUGAAUUUUCAAUUCACUACGUGUCACUCGUGAUUAAUAAUAACAUAGGUCAUUCAGCCCUUGAGUCUACUUCAUCUAUGAGAUUAUGGCUGAUCUACUAAUCCUCAAGA